AUGCCUCACCGUCUCCCGCUCUGCGAACAGAAUGCGGGUCUGCUCACUGUUCUCCGGGAGUUAAGCCACGAGUACUCCGACUCGCUCAACACCUCCCGCGUCCUAAGUCGCGCUGUCCGUUCCCUCGAGCACUACCGCACAAGAGUCACCUCACGCGAGGAAUUUUUACUCGUCCCCAAUGUCGGCGAGUGGAUCGCAACCAAAGUUCAGAUCAGAAUUCAAAACUGCUGGGCUGUGCAGGCCAUUACGGGGGCAGACGGUUCAUGUCCGGACCAACCCCGGGACCCCGAGGAGAACCUCCAGCCACGGCAGGAGGCUACAUCGUCAGUACCGAACCGACAGCAGGUUCCCAGCGGCGCUUCUGUUCUCGAGCAAAGCGAUGAAGAAGCAUCGCCCCCAGCCAACAACCCGAUACCAUCGCACGCCAGAGGCCGAGGUAGAUCCAGGCGUCGUUCUCUAACACAUGCCGCAAACCUGUCCGCGGGUCUUUCCGCCGGCGGGCGCCGCCCGUAUCGGCCCCGGUAUCGCAGCGCACCCUACGCCAUUCUGAUUGCGCUUUACAAGGCCACGUUGGAGGGUUGCCAUCAGAUGCGCAAGCGCGACAUUGCGGAGCUCGCGCAGCCGUACGCGGAUGACCGCAUCCUUGCACCGGCGUCGGAGGAUCGUCGGACCUGGUACAAUGGCUGGUCUAGCGUCAACUCGCAGCUCGUGCAAAGGCGUCUUAUAAAAACCUGGAGCAACCCGAAAUGGUACGCUCUCACGGAGGAGGGCUUGACCAUGGCGAAGGAUCUUUUUGAAAUGCAGAUCAGCGCUGUGGAACGGACGGUCGAGGAGUACGUGCGCGCUGGGGAUGUUGCCAGUGGAAGAGACGGUCAAGCGCAGGCAGAACCGAGAUCUUCCACGAGUGGUGACUGCACGGGUGCUGCGGAACGGCUUGAUGGGCACAUUCAGGGAGCCUGCGAAUUCGGGCAGUUAGGGUCAUCGGGAGCUGGAAAGCAGAAUGGACGUUUCGAAAAGGAACAAGUCGGGAAUCGGAAGGCAAGCCACCGCGGGGGAAUGCGAUUCACGAAACAAGUGAACAGGGCAAUUGAUGUCGUGGAGCGCUUGGAGCGAGAUGGCGAGGAGCGUGAGUUGUGUUUGCAGAUUCUGGGAGAACUGUUCGAGAAGGAACAGUUUCCCAAAACGACGGAAAAGCUCUACGAGAAGCUGACUGAAGCGCUGUGGAAGAAAAAAUGGAAAGAGACCGCACGAGGUGAAGAUGUGCGAAAGAUUCAGAUACGCCCUUUCGAAAAUGGUGCUACCGGAAACCGUGGCGCUGCGGGGGGAUAUGACUUGAAUGAACGCCGGAAGAUCACAGCACUUUCGUGUGAGAUGAACGACCGUGCACCGUCGAAAAUUUAUUUCGACCCAGGAGUAACAACUGCACCAGCGCCCACAGGAGUGGAAAAUAUAUCGGUGGACGUUCGCAACGGACUGAAUGUAGCUGGUGUCAGGCCCACAACUUCUCCGCUCCAAGGAGCUGGGUAUAGCAACGGAUCGGAAGGUGUGAAUUAUGCGGGAUCCUCUAAUGAAUCUCCUCGCAACAGAUCUGCCCAGGAAUCAUACGAUUCGUUGUCUCAGAAGAAGCCCUGUCCUGAAGGGGCGAUUCCCGUUAUCUCUCUUGAGGAGGACAGUGAUGCAGGUAGCAAUGACCCGCAACUUAGUGACCCUUCGACAAGUCGGAGAGCUGAACAACAGCCGAAAACACAGCGAUCUCCACAUGCAUCAGAUGACAACUGGUCUACUGGUAUUGAGAAUAUGUCUAUGGGGAACGACAUGGGAACGCCACAACCACUGGUACAGGAUGAAGUGGUCUACGUAUGUGACGAAGACACACCACGCGCCAACGUGAAGGCGAGAGUUGAUGGAGUUUCCUCUAGUAUAAUCGACGAAGCCGUGGGCUCAAUAUCGCCCUCUGGCAGAGGGCCCUACAACAAGACUCCCCAGGGCCUCAUGACUAGUGAUUCCACCUUGUGGCGACAAGAGCAUGAGGAGCAUAGUCAUUGCUAUCCGUCGAUGCCAGGAGAACUGAAAAAUGCUAGCAGUGCUACCAGAAAAGACAAACAAGCUUUAACCACGCCGUCAGCGCAUGAGGCUGCGCCUGAGUUAGACGCAACAGUAUCCCGUGAUCCAGGCUCUCAAGGCUCUGGAGUUGGAGUUCCGGAGUGUCGGGUUGUGCUGGUGGUCGACUCAAUGGAGCGCGUGCGAAAGAGAUCGCGAGACAUACUUGAUACGAUAAAGGGUCAAUUGCUUGCUCAAGGAGUCGACUGCGAAGUGCGACAACUACCAUGUGGUGAUGCGAUGUUUGUCGCACAGUAUCCCGGUGGAAUUGAGGUUAUUCUAGACUACAUCAUUGAACGGAAAACAUUGGAGGACUUCCACGCUUCCAUGCGCGACGGACGAGAGAGAAGGCAGGCGUUCAUGAUGCGACAGGCCCAGAUACCACGCCGGAUAUUUUUGCUGGAGGGUGACGUGAAGCGGAGUGCGUUGCUGAGGAACAACGCGUCAUUUGAGAAGCGCAGGGCGGAGAUCGAGGUAUGCGAUGACUUCUACGUGAAAAAGACGAAGAGCCUCGACGACACUCUGUGGUUCUAUUCGUCAAUGUACAAACGUCUAUGCAUGCAGUUUUCGGAGCGGCCAUUGGCAUUGGCGAUGGAGGGGCGAAACUUGUAUCAAAACUGGAACGAACGGAUGAGGGGCCUAACAAGAGGGAUAUCGCUUGGACAGCUAUUCAUGCUGCAGCUGUGCCAGGUUAAGCACGUUGGGAAGGACACGGCUGUGGGCAUCGUGAAAAGUGGAUGUAAAACGCCUAUUGCUUUGUACGAAAGGUUUCGAAGCGUACAGAAUGAGGCGGACAGAGAGAAUGUGUUUGCGGGAGAGGUCGGCAUCAACAAAAAGGCAGUGCGGACCUUGGCAAAGCUUUUCACAGCAAGUGAGUAUGAAGUAGAAGCAGCGCUAUGA